ACUCCACUUCUUGUUGCUUUCUUUCUUUUUCCCCUUCAAAAAUAAAAUAAUAAUAAUGAUUUAAUUUACUAAGUUGCUUUUAUACCUAUCCCUCUUUCACAAUUUUUGUUUAUUUAACAGAUGUUGAGGAGGAAUACGCAACCCAUUCAUGAAUCAACCGCUUUAAUAUAUUUCACCACCGCUUUCUCUCAUAAUUUACUAUCUCCUUUUUCUCUCUCUAUAUUUUUUGUUUCUAUUCUCUGUGGGUCUAUACACACAAACCAGUCGGCGUUGAUCAUUCGGCUGGCUUAUCCGAUCACCGAUUAUCAGAGGUUUAGAGAAAGGGUGGUCUUCAAGAGCGGCAGUGGCACUUCUACUGUGACAAUUUGUUGCAGAAACGGCUUGUGCGAACUUGAAAUAUCGAAUCUGUAUAUCAAGCCUAUAGUUCAAACUUAGGGCUUUUCCCAGUUACUUGAGCUAGCAUUUGGAGACAAUGACACUAUAAUCACAACAAUGAACAUGACUUAGCAAAGCACAUGGACUGAGAGUAAUUCACAGGCACUAUUUUGCUCUAUCUGCAUCAUUGACGAACAGGUUUGGUUUUGGUUUCUGGUGUUCCCUCAAGAAUUAUUAGAUUGACCUGCUGCAGUUGCAGUAUGUUAUGCUCAGCCUUUGGGUUGGACAAGAAACAAGCACUAUAGGGAAAAGUAUUGCAGCCAACUUAAUUCUUUGCCUUGUGGAAAUUACAUGUAACAAUCCAUCAUUCGUCUCCAACAAAGUGACGGUUCAUUGCACAUCACUCUGAAUUAAAUCUAAGAUUGACAAUAGUCCUUGAUGAAUGGAACCAGCCAUAGUUUGGUCCCGGUCUGCUGGAGAAUUAGUUUCUGAUAUCGUCAGGCAACUAUGGGGCACAGACAUAUGUUUAAUGCACCUCAGGUUUUUGAGACUGACAGUGACCAGGGAUGGAAUCAUGCAGAGCAACCUUACAUGCCCAUUGCAAGGGGUGCUUCUGAAAGCAGUUCGAUUAUUCAUCCUGUGGAUAACAUUACUAGCCAAGGUGGACACUUUCCUACUCAGUGGACCCCUGCUCCUAGGUUAAGUGGACACUCUCCUUCCAUUCUUAAUGGUGAAUUGUCACAUUAUCAACCAAUGCCUCCCGGUCCAUCUCAUGAUCCAUUUCUGCAUCAAUCUGCUGCUGGAAAUCUACAUAUGCUUCAAAACAAUUAUAUGCAUCAUCCAUCUUCAUCCAAUAUUGCUGGGCAGAUGAUCCCAGGGGUAGAUGGUGGUUUCUAUGAUCAGGCAAUAGGUAGUGGCAGAGGGCCGUACAAACGGAAAAGCCCUGGUAUCCCUCCAAUAUGUGACAGGGGGUCUACAAGCAGAUAUUAUGAUGUUGGAAGUUCAUCUGAUAUUCAUUUGCCUGCAGACCCGUGGCAGGAGAAGCAGAAUACUGAAUCUUAUCAUAUGCACUGGGAGCAUCCUCCAAAUUAUGGAGUUAAUAGCCUCUCUAUAGGUGGUGAAGUUACAAUGAGAAAUGUUAGAAGUAGAGCUGCAGUUGAUCUGGAAAACAAUCUGCCAAGGAAUCAUUUGUCAAGCAAUUCUGUGCAUCAUUCAUUCUCUAGUCGACCCUUUGAUCAACCUAAUUCAGUGGAUUUCUGGGGUCAGUGUUCAAAUGCACCAACAAGGGAAUGGAACCGUAAUCUUACGCCACCAGCACCACCUGGGGUGACUUUUGGCUCGGAUUCCAGUUUCUUUGGUCACGACCAAAAUUCGCUGAAUACGCUAAACAGCCAUCCAAAUAGUUCUCUGGAGAAUGGGGGUUACAACAAUGAUGUUACCUCUAGGAAUCAUGUUCCUCCAAAUGCUAACAAUCACUUGAACCAGCCUAUCAGAGGAGUCCGAAGUGGAUAUAGUCAAAGAUCUGCCCCUACUUUCAGGGCUUCUUCGAGCAACUUUCGCCCUGGACAUAUAGCUGCCUCAGAUGGUGGGCAGCAAAUGGUUGCAGAAAGUUAUCCCUCAAGGCAUCCACGGGCUGCCUCCAACUUAAGGUUGCGCCAUGUUGACAGGCAUGGGAGAACUUUUGUGUCUACUGAAAGACAUAGAUCAUUUGCUGAGGAUGCAAGUUUCCGUGAUCGAUUGACACCAGAGGGACUCAUGGUUGUGGAACACUCUGCAUUUUAUGGAUCCCGGGCUCUGUUUGAUCAGCAUAGGGACAUGAGACUCGACAUAGACAAUAUGAGCUAUGAGGAGCUACUUGCAUUGGGCGAGAGGAUUGGAAGUGUCAGCACCGGCUUAUCUGAUGGUUUAAUUUCGAAAUGCCUGACUGAGUCAAUAUAUUGUUCAUCGGACCUGUCUCAAGAUGAAGGAACUUGUGUUAUUUGUUUGGAGGAAUACAAAAACAUGGAUGAUGUUGGGACAUUGAAAGUCUGUGGGCAUGAUUUUCACGUGGGCUGCAUUCGGAAAUGGUUGUCGAUGAAGAAUUUAUGUCCGAUCUGCAAGGCAUCCGCGGUGGAUGAUAAUAUGAAGGAAAAAUGACUUGUUUAUGUUGCUCUAUAAUUUAUCUCAACCUUCUGUACAUAUGUAUGUCAAGAAAUUCCUCAAAAUGGAGGAAGAGUGGAUAUUGUUGGAGAGACUUUUGAAAGCAAAAAUGCUACGCUACUUGUAUUCUAUUUGCUGCUUUCAGUCCA